AUGGUUGAAAUAGACCCUCAUUUUUCUGAUUUUUCCUUGUUUUUUUCAUUGAACAUUGGAACUCAUACUUGUUUAAGCAACCGCGGUUCGCGUGCACAUUUGGUUGCUUGUAACGCGAACACCAUGCCGCUCGCUCGUGACUUGUUACAUCCGUCUUUUCGAGAAGAGAAGCGAAAGUGCAAAUUAAAACGUUUGGUCCCCUCACCAAAUUCCUUUUUCAUGGAUGUUAAGUGUUCAGGCUGUUUGAAAAUCCAGAUCGUUUUCAGUCACGCACAGACAGCUGUAGUUUGUCCUGGAUGUGACCGAAUUCUAUGUCAGCCCACUGGUGGAAGAGCACGGCUAGCUGAUGGAUGCAGUUAUCGCAAGAAGGCGAAAUGAGUUUCUUGUAAAUUACGAUUGUUAUAAUAAACACAUGGAAACAAUUUA